UUCAGCCUGUGCUGAUGUGGGCAUUCAUUAAUUUGGAAGUGAAUCAUGUUUAUCCUUAUUUCCUUGAUGGUAAUUCUUCUACUGUUAAUGUUUCACCAUCACUCAUGCUGUUUACUGACAAAGAAAACUCAUCCAAACCUACAAACAUAAAAAGGCAUCCCUCCUGCACACCCUGUAAAGAGUGCUAAGCAGUACAGCUCUCCCCACAGGAAGUUCUGAACUAUUUGUGAAUUAACUUGUCACCGCACAUGUUGCCUGUUUGUUCUCAAAAGGAUAUGUCAAGAAUACGUGACAAAUACUUUUAUACUUGCAUUGAUAUGCUGUGAAAGUGUCACCCUACAGCGUUGUCUAGAGACUCAGUUUUGCUGAUGUAAUUAGAGCAGAGAUAGAAAAGUAAGAUAUGUAUGUAAAUGUAUGCUGAAAAAUACUGUCUAAAACAGUAAACAGUAUAUAUGUUAUACUGAUUUACACUCAGCUUUGUUCAUCAUUUUCUAGAGUCAUUUUUAAAGAAUAAAAUCACAACGUGGCUUAAUGAAGAGCAUGGAGCAGUUUCUUAUCAUUGUGCUUGUGGCGGGGGGAAUUCAUGCUCACUUUUCAGUUGAUGAGACUACAUGUGAUCUUACCAAGAACACAUGCCCAUGCGCUCCUCUUCUUAAAGGAACUGUGUAUAUCCAAGUGAUGACUGAUGCUAGUGGCCGUGAAAUGAAGUGUUUGAAGGUGCUUCCCAAGGGGAACAUAACUGUGUUCAAUAUAAAGAAAGAAAAAAUAACAACAGACAAGGAAUUUAACAACAGACUACAGUUUCUAAUCAAGAACGGGACACUCAAGAUCACAAACGUGAGGAGGAAUGAUUCAGGUCAAUACAGCAUUGAGGUCUUUAAUUCAAAUGGAGUCCAAGAGAAAAACAUUCAUUUCACCCUGGAUGUUAAAGCUCUGGUUCCAGUUGAUGAGACUACAUGUGACCUCAGGACGAACACAUGCCCAUGCUCUCCUUUUCUUGAAGGAACUGUGUAUAUCCAAGUGAUGACUGAUGCUAGUGGCCGUGAAAUGAAGUGUUUGAAGGUGCUUCCCAAGGGGAACACAACUGUGUUUAAUAUAAAGAAAGAAAAAAUAAUGACAGACAAGGAAUUUAACAACAGACUAACAUUUAUAAUCAAGAAUGGGACACUCAAGAUCACAAACGUGAGGAGGAAUGAUUCAGGUCGAUACAGCAUUGAGGUCUUUAAUUCAAAUGGAGUCCAAGAGAAAAACAUUCAUUUCACCCUUGAUGUUAAAGACAAUGGAAAAGUUGAAGGCAAGUUAUUGUAA